AUGGAGAUACAGAUGUCAUCCCCUCUGGGACGAGCCCACCUCUCUCAUCUUCCGCAGCGACCACCAAUAAACCUCAGCUUUCAAGAUUUAUCUUACACCGUAUCCAAUGGAAAAGUAUCCAAGUUUAUCCUGCGCAGCAUCAAUGGGGAGUUUCGAUCUGGACAAUUGACUGCCAUCUUGGGUCCUUCAGGAGCGGGAAAAAGCACAUUGCUAAAUGUCCUAGCUGGUUACAGAGUUUUAGGUGCUUCGGGGGUAAUCAGUACCAACGGAAAUCCAAGAGACGUUAAUCUCUUCAGAAAGCUGUCCAGAUAUAUCAUGCAAGAUGAUCUCCUACAGCCCCUCAUCACCGUUCAAGAAGCGAUGUUGAUGGCUGCGGACUUGAAGCUUGGUGAUAACUUGGAUAAGGCCAAGAAGACUGUUGUUGUGGAGGAAAUAAUUCAACUUCUAAGACUGAACAAAGCCAGAAACACAGUUACAGAAAAUCUGUCUGGCGGCGAAAGGAAACGUCUUGCCAUUGCUCUGGAGUUAGUUAACAAUCCACCUGUUAUUUUCCUAGAUGAGCCUACUACAGGAUUAGACGACGUGGCAUCAUCGACUUGCGUAUCGCUAUUAAAACGGGUGGCUCGUGGAGGCCGUACUGUUGUUUGUUCAGUCCACACGCCCUCAGCACGGUUAUUCUCGGUAUUUGACCACGUAUACGUUGUAGCUGAUGGCAGAUGCGCUUAUCAGGGAACUUCAACUGGGGUUGUACCGUUCUUACAGGAAAUAGGCUUACCGUGUCCGACGACGUAUAAUCCAGCUGAUUUUAUUAUUGAAGUAUCAAGUGGGGAAUAUGGGUCUCAUGUUGAUAAAAUGGUACAAGGAGUAGAAAAUGGUCGAUGCGAACGAUGGCGAAGCUACGAUAUAGAAGAGUUACAGGGAGGAGAAGAAGACAUAGAACAAUUGAAUACAGGAGUGAUAGAGAAACACAAUUAUCAUUACGAGAGUACUGGGUACCAGCAGUUCAAGGUGCUGGCUAGACGAAUGGUGUUGCAAACAUUCAGGAAUAGGGGCUACCUAUGGCUUAGGUUCUCUAUGCACCUCUUCAUUGGAACCAUCAUAGGAUCUCUAUUCACGAACAUCGGCUUUGACGGAUCAAAAACAUUAUAUAAUUUCGGAUUCUGCUUUGCAAGCAUCCUUGCAAUGUUGUACACACCGAUGAUGCCUAUUUUACUUGCUUUUCCUACAGAAGUGAUGCUUAUAAAACGGGAGUACUUUAACAGAUGGUACGGCCUAAAACCAUACUUUGCGGCCAUGUUUGUAUCGAGGACGCCUGCGACAAUUUUCUUUGCUCUUAUAUACUUGGCUAUUGUGUAUCCUGCGACUGCGCAGCCUAUGGAGCUAUCGCGAAUAUUCAUGUUCGUUAGUACGUGUAUACUGGUUGCAUUAGUUGCUGAAUCUAUGGGAACUGUUAUAUCUUCUACAUUAAGUAUAGUGAACUCAAUGUUCGUCGGUCCAGUAGUAACAGUUCCUCUAAUGUUAUUAUCAGUAUAUGGCAUUGGAAACGGUGAUGACCCACCUCCUUUAAUCUGGAAGAUGGCAAGGGCCUGUUCUUUCAUGCGAUAUGGACUCGAAGGACUUGUUGUUGCAAUUUAUGGAGACUCUAGGGCAGACCUGAUAUGUCCCGAUGACGUAGAUUAUUGUGAAUAUAGAAAUGUUAAAUACUUCGUCAAGCUAAUGGGUAUGUCUCAAGUAACUUAUUGGUUUGACAUGUGUAUGUUAUUAGUUAUGCUGCUCACAUUAAACCUAGUGGCUUACUACUUGCUACGUCAAAGACUUUCUCCUAACUACGCCUUUAGAGCAAUCAAACUUAUUGGCAGAUUUAUCAAGAGCAGAAUGAACAGUUCUCAUUAG